UCUAUUUUAAUAGCUGUCAUGUCCCUGUACCAUAUCACAAUGACUGGGUCAAAAGAGCAUCUGCUGUGGGGUGUCUAUUUUAUAAUUCUCUGGUUUGUCGUGUCAGGACAAGAUAUUGAUAUUAAAGGCAUAUAUAUUGAUUAUGAUGAACAAGAUGGUAGUGGUAGUGGAAGUGGAUAUGACGAUUCUGAUGGAAGUGGAUAUAACGAUUAUGGUUACAAGGGAUGCCAUUCGCAGUAUAGCAACAAGGACCUAGAGGAAUGUCAGCAGUCCAUGAUUCAGAAUGCAUUUUGCAACUUAUUGAAGCAAAAUGCCCAUAUUCAAGAAACUUCAUGUCAAAGAAAUAACAACAACAUUACUGUGCAGCAAAUUGCAAAGAAUCUUACACAAAUUCUUAAACACACGAUCUUGAACAACAUGACUGUUUCAGAGCUACGUUCAGCUGUCUCCUCCAUAGUGGAGACUGUGGAGACCUCACUGUUGGUAACAUUCUCAAAAUACCCUAAAAAUGAAAACAUCAGUACGCCCGAGCUGGAGGUCCACAUGAAGGCUGCCAUAGACAUAUGUAGUGGAGAAGAAACUUCCAUAACAUUAACUGUGCUACAGAGCACCAUGCAGGUCCCUUGUGCACAUGUGAGCGGAGAUAGGGAUGGAGCAAUCUUCAUUUCCUAUAAAGGAUUGGAAUCUAAGUUGAACGCCAGCCUUCUUGGGAAAUUAGAUGAAAGUGACAAUAAAGAUAGAGUGGAGAUCAAUUCCCCCAUUAUAAGUGGAGCCAUCACUAGUCCCAAUACAGCAUAUCUGGAACCCCCGGUGGUCUUCUACCUGAAGCAACUAAAGAUUGUUCCACCUUCUUUUAUUUUACAAUGUGUGUUCCUGGACACGGAGCUGAAGACUUGGUCAAGCCGAGGAUGUGAGACAAAGAAGUCUGACAGAGUGAACAACACUCUCUGUGUCUGCAACCACCUGUCCACCUUUGCUGUCCUUAUGGCACCCGGUGACAUCCAGGAGGAUUAUGGCUUAGUUCUGAUCUCUCGCAUCGGCUUGAGUGUGUCUCUUGUCUGUCUCUGGAUAUCAUUCCUCACAUUCAUCCUUUGUCGGUCUAUAAAGAACGCUCACACCUCCGUCCUGACAGCUCUGUGUGGGUGCCUCUUCCUUGGACAACUACUUGCUUUGUUUGGCUUGCAUCAGACUGGGAAUCAGGUCCUUUGUGCGGUGAUUGCGGGUCUCCUCCAGUUCUCCUUCCUCUGUGCCUUCUGCUGGAUGUCUCUGGAGAGCGCCCUACUCUUCAUGACAGUCCGAAACCUGCAGGCCAUGAAUUACAUGACAUCUCAACGCCAGCUUUUCCCAUACGUUUGUAUAGCUGGAUUUGGAAUUCCUGUCAUCAUCAUUAUUAUUUCUGCAGCAAUGCGACCCGGUUCAUAUGGAACAGAAAAAUAUUGUUGGCUUAAAAAAGAUCUCAUCUGGAGUUUCCUUGGUCCAGUUUGUCUGUUUAUUACUAUAAAUUUCAUCCUCUUGGUUCUUACAUUUGUGCUCCUCAAGAAGAAGCUGGCAUCUCUCAAUAAAAAUAUUUCAACUUUAAAACACACCCGUCUUCUGACAUUUAAGGCCUUAUCCCAGCUGUUCAUAUUGGGCUGUACCUGGAUUAUUGGAAUCUUCCAGUUUGGGUCGGGCUCCCUGGUCAUGUCCUACAUCUUCACCAUCUGCAACAGCCUCCAGGGAUUGUACAUCUUUUGUGUACACUGCCUGCUCAACCACCAGGUAAGAGAAGAGUAUAGAAGUGUAUUCCGAAGAUUCCAGUCCAAGAAGUCAGACUCAGAAGCCACGUCUGGCAGUAUGGUGCCCAUGACUGUAAAGUCUCAGAGUCAAGCCUCGGAGGUACCAAAUCUGGAGGUGAAAUCAGCGCAGGAUGUGGAAAAUCAGUGUAAACUCUGAAGAAAUGUUCUUGCUAAAUCUCAAAAUAAAUAACUGUUAAGGAAAAGACUGAGAACUUUGUAAACUACAAGGACAUUUGGAGACAUUAUAUGACAGAAUAGAGAAAGAAGGACUGAAAACAAUUCUUUAUAGGGAUCAAAAACAACUGUGCAUAUAAAAAACAAAAACAAGUACUGUAAGUGCUGCAUAAGAACCAUAUAAGAAUUGUACAUUUUCAAAUCAACCUCAUUUUCAUAACAACACUGCUACCUGUAUUUUUUUUAAUAGCUUUUUAGAUACAUGAGUAAAAAAAAUCAUCAGCUUGAUGUGAAUAUACUGUAGUUAUUAAAGGAGU